CUCUUAUAAAUACAGACUGAAAAUACAGUUUAUGUACAGUCCUUCAACCAGUACCAGCAGUGUGAUUUCAGUGCCAAUUCUUGUCUGAGAAAAUGAGUGAUCCAGCAAAGAAACCGGCGGAGUCCACACCUGGGACUGAUGAUGGGAAGAAGGGAAAAGGUGGAAAGGGGGGACACGGCCAUGGGCAUGGAAAAGCCGGCGAGCAUGGAGGAGAUCAUGGAGGCGACCAUAAAGGAAAAGGAGGCGAGCAUAAAGGAAAAGGAGGCGAGCAUGGAGGAGAUCAUGGAGGCGACCAUAAAGGAAAAGGAGGUGACCACGGAGGAAAAGCAGGUCGUGGAGGACAUUAAAGAUUUAAUCAUGCACCAUUUGCAUCUGUUUCAUCACGGUAGCUAUUACGGAAAAAAACAUGUUGAGCGAUUUAUUAAAGUUGACAAAUCUCUAAUAAAACCUACAUAGAAAACAGA